UUCCACUUAGCAUCUUGCAGACAGAGUGGCUAUGUAUGUGCAUGCAUACACACUAUACAGUGCUGUCAGACCUUUUGGUUGCAGUUUCAUGUUGGGGUCCUAUGAUGAUGAUGAUGGUGCACAACUAUACAUGAUUGAUCCAUCAGGAGUUUCAUACGGUUAUUGGGGGUGUGCCAUUGGUAAAGCCAGGCAGGCUGCAAAAACAGAGAUAGAAAAACUUCAGAUGAAGGAAAUGACCUGCCGUGAUGUUGUUAAAGAGGUUGCGAAAAUAAUCUACAUAGUUCACGAUGAAGUAAAGGAUAAAGCUUUUGAGCUGGAACUCAGCUGGGUUGGAGAAAUAACCAAUGGAAAACAUGAAAUUGUUCCCAAAGACAUCAGGGAAGAAGCAGAAAAAUAUGCCAAGGAAUCUUUGAAAGAGGAAGAUGAAUCAGACGAUGACAAUAUGUAACACAUUGUUACUUCAAGACAAGUUCAACUUUUCUUAACUUACAACACGUUUGUUUAUAAUGUAUAAGCAUGGGAUGCUGUUAUGUACUUGUUGGAAGAAACUGAGUGACCAACUUGCACUAAUAAAUUUUCCAUUUUACUGUC